UCCAUAAAAUCGCUAUAUUAUCCUUAGAGCAGUGCUAGGAAGAACAACAUAGCAGAAUACCGAUAUGAUAAACACAUUAUCUUAAAAAUUACAACAAUAGGUACAACUCUUGAUACCUUCCUCAGAAAAAUUGAUCGUCCGAAGAAUCGUACCGCGAUUAUGAAAUUUACGGGGAUCAACAAACGACUGGACGAUUCAGCAAAGAAAUUUGUGUGUGGAGCUGUUGAAGGGUUUUAUGGAAGGCCAUGGAGUACAGAACAAAGGAAGUUGCUUUUUUCAUGGUUGAAGAAGAUGGGCCUAAAUACAUACAUGUAUGCACCUAAGGAUGACUGUAAGCAUCGAGCAUUCUGGAGGGAACUGUAUUCCGUGGAAGAAGCAGAGAACAUGACGAACCUGAUUGAGGCUGCCACAGAGAACAAUGUUGAAUUCAUAUAUGCCAUUUCUCCUGGCCUUGAUAUAACUUUCUCCAAUUCAAAAGAUGUGCAGUGUCUGAAAAGAAAAUUAGAACAGGUUGCCACAUUUGGCUGUACUGGUUUUGCCCUAUUGUUUGACGACAUUGAUACAGAGCUGAGUGAGGCAGAUCGUAGUGUGUUCCAGUCCUUUGCCAGUGCUCAGGUUUCUGUCACCAAUGAGGUUUAUGAGCACCUUGGUCAACCACACUUCUACUUCUGUCCCACUGAGUACUGUACCUCGCGGGCUGUACCAGACAUGGCGAUGUCGGAAUACCUCAACACCAUUGGUGUUAAACUCAUGCCAGGAAUUGAUAUUUUGUGGACAGGUGCUAAAGUGGUUACCAAAAAGAUUACAGUGAGCCAUUUGAUGGCCAUUUCCAAUGUGCUUCGAAGACCACCCAUUAUCUGGGACAAUAUCCAUGCCAAUGACUAUGACCCAAGGAGGAUAUUCCUGGGGCCCUAUGAUGGUCGCUCCCCUGAAAUCAUACCCUACUUGAGAGGUGUCUUGACAAAUCCAAACACAGAGUUUGAAGGAAAUUAUAUUGCUCUUCAUACCCUUGGACAGUGGAGUAAAUCAAACUCUGACGGACUGAAGAAAGAUGUAAUUUCAGAUGGUGAGAGAUUAAGUCCAGUUGUAUCUGACAUAAAGUUGGAAACAGAAAGUGAAUUUGAUUCCACAGAAGACCUGCCAGCUAGAUUGGACACAAGGUACCAGCCAAAAGUUGCUCUUAUGAUGGCUCUCAAAGAGUGGAUGUUGGAAUUGGACCACAACCGUAUGCCGCCAGUAGCUGUUAGCCCUGGAAGUACUCCAGUCCCUCCACCUAAUGUCUGCAUACCUGUAGCAGGCCCCCCAUCCAGUCCUGCUGGGAUUCCUGAUGCCUACUGCAGCUUACCAGGGUUAGAAGAAAGCGAGAACAAUCCAUCAUACAUACAACCAACAAUGAACCCUGUAAACAGCCUUGUUAACAGUACAAACAUUGUCAGUCCUGAAGCAGACUCUGAUCGACCGUGUACUGUAGCAGAUAUUCUUGGAGAACCUAUGGAUUGUGCUUUAAGUGACACUUCAUCAGUGAAUUCUGACAAUCAUGAAAAUGCAUCUCUUGACAAUCUCAUGCAAGUGGAAGUUGUUGCUGAAGAGUUGCAGAACAAAAAUAAUGGACAGUCAUCCUCAAAAAUCUGUGAUAGUAAAAUGUAUUAUGAGGAUCUUUCCCUUCUUGUGGAUUUGUUCUACUUGCCAUUUGAACAUGGUACACAGGGAGUGCAGAUGCUGCAGAAUCUUCGAUGGGUCAAGUGCAAUGCACAUGUUGUCACACAGCCACAGAAAAAACAACCAGAGGUUGCAGAAUGGAUGGAAAAGGCAGACGCUUUCUUGAAUGAUGUUAAGAAGGUCCAGGCCAUGGCCAAGCGUCUCUAUGAGGUUCCUAAUGUUUCCUUGGCACACACCAUCUUCCCUUACGUAUGGGACAUUCUUGGUGUUUUGGAAACUUGUGCAGCCUAUGUUGCAUGGCUAAAGAUGGGCAGUAGUACCUUAUCAGCCAGUGAAACCAAGGGAAACGACAAUCUUUCAUGGUGCUCAAACCUUUACAAGGAGGCAUUCUCUUGUGGCGAUUCUGAGCCCUGGGUCUUCCGAGGCGGUUUACAAGGAGAAUUUGAACGUUUGUUACCAACUAGAAGUGCAUGUGACUUGUACUACAUGCAACCUCCAGAGGUGAUAAUCAGAAACCAGUAUCACUAUAGACCAUACAAGUGUAGUGACGAGAGUGCAGUUUACCAAAUCUGUCUACAGACCUGUGAUGAUGGUAUGGAUGGUACAGAAGUGUUUCCUGACAUGCCAGAACUGAUAGGGGACAGGAUAUUGGGUGCAAUGACAACCCUGAGUCCAGAGAACUGCUUUGUGGUGGAGGAUGACGUUGGAGUGUGUGGAUAUGCUGUAGGAACACUGAGUGCCCGCCAACUACAAGAGAGGGCCAAAAUAGCAUGGAUUCCUGCCAUGAAGGAGAAAUACCCACUAGUCCAGAAAGACCAGCCAAGUCCUGCUGAUGAGGUGAUAGCAAGUUUUCAUAAUGAGCAGCGAUGUAUUCCCGAGACUGUACUGCAAAAGUACCAGUCAGCAGUGCGAGUUGACUUUAUUCCAAAUAGGGUAGUUGACUACUCUGUACCAAAACGUCUUUUGGCAUGUGCUCUUAAUGCUAUCAAGUCAAGUGGGUCUGAAGGUGUUCAUGUUGAAAUGAAUGUCGGAGACAAGUGCAUGAUAGACCAUUACAGAAGGAUUGGAUUCUUCCCAAUAACCUUACAACCUCAAGAUCCUGAAGACGUUGUGUAUCUGGGACGUAUGAUCUGAAGUCAUGCUGGCAAUCUGUGAUGCCAAGACAUGUCCAAAACUUAGGGCCAGCCUGCAAUGAUCUGUGAUGUAUUCUGACCAAGCACAUGCUACACACAAAAGCUGUGCAUCUUUUAAUGAAUAUUCAACAGUAUUUUAUCAUGUGACUGUAUAAAAAGUCAAUCAAUGUUGAUAAUUUUUUUAAAGAGAUAUUUAUAUAUUAUUUAUAUGUAUUUAAGAAUUGCUGAUUACAGGGUUAAUGUCAAAAUAAUAAAUAUACCUUGUAAACAGUAAUUCUGUCUGUACCUCUGUCUGUGGAUGAAUGUCAUGCUCAAAAAUUCCAAUUUACAUAAUUUGAUGUGAGAAUGAUCUGAUAUGAAUUGAAAGUGUAUUUGCUGAACUUGAAAAAGAAAUGUGAUCAUGUCAUUUAAAAAUCUGUAAAGUUUGAUAAAAAGUGUGUCAGAAGUGGUUUGAAAGGGUUUCUGGCAUUAACUUAAUUUGUAAAGUUUUAUCAACAUGUAUCUUGCAUUUUAUUUCCACUUGUCUGUGUGAAUGUGUUUGACUUGAUUUCUUGAGUCGCUAAAGAAAAGGAAAUGUUUUUUGUUUUUGUGUGUCGGAGAGAAAUUUCUUUAUAUAGUCUGACUGAAACUUUCUGUCAAAUAUAUAAAUAAAAUAUUUGAUGGUGCCUUGUAUUUAUAAAUCUGUAAGAUACAUUUUGUUACUCUUUACAAAUAUGUCAUUCUGCCAGAAGUGAAAAGUGAUAUGUGUCUUGACAUGUUUAAAUGUUUGAUGGGUGCUGUGAUAUGUUGUUAAAUAUGUGAAAGCCCGUCAGUUAUAGCAAUUCUAUAGGGAAUUCUUACAGGAGAGAUGUGGUCCAAAAUUAGACCUGUGUGAUAAUUGAAUGUCAUUUGAGGAUCUAGUGUUAACAUGAAAGUUUUUCAUCCUAAAUAUUUAUCUCUGCAACAGCUUUCAGGUUUAUGGUGGUAAGUUGCAAAAUCUCACUAUAAGCUGAAGGCAAGAUCUUUGUAAUAAUCCAAUGAUCAUGCAUAGUGCUUUGCCACUGGAAUUGCCCUUCAACUUGGAAGAUCUUUGAAUUGUAACUCAUUUUCACUCGUUGGAUUGUUGAUGUCCCGUUUUUGUUGAUAUGGUAGUGCUGAACACUGAUUGUGGUUGUGAAUCUGGCUGACUUGUAACUGUUCUCAGGUUAAGCCGAUGAUUAUGUGAGAUCGAGAAUAUUCUGUUCUAGUUACACAUUGUGUAAACAUUGAUCAUUAAAUAUGUGAGCAGAUUCAAAUAAAAGAAGCAUGAAACAUC